AUGGCGCAGUCGUGGGGGCGGGAGGCGCGGGGUGGCGGCGGGACGUCGGUGGUGGUGAAGAUGGAGAGCCCGGACUGGGCCGUCCCGCAGUCGGAGGGGGCGGCGGCGGGGGCUGCUGGCGGCAAGGCGGGGCGCGGGAAGAACGCGCGCCAGAUCACGUGGGUGCUGCUGCUCAAGGCGCACCGCGCCGCGGGGAAGCUCACGGGCGCCGCGUCCGCCGCGCUGUCCGUGGCCGCCGCCGCGCGGAGGCGUGUGGCGGCUGGGCGGACCGACGCCGACGCCGGCGCCGCGCCGCCCGGGGAGAGCCCCGCCUUGCGCACCAGGUUCUACGGCUUCCUCCGCGCCUUCCUCCUCCUGUCCAUGCUCCUACUCGCCGUCGACGUCGCCGCGCACCUCCAGGGCUGGCACCUCGCCGUCGACGUCCCCGACCUGCUCGCCGUCGAGGGGCUCUUCGCCGCCGGGUACGCGUCCUGGGUGCGCAUCCGCCUCGAGUACCUCGCGCCGGCACUGCAGUUCCUGGCGAACGCGUGCGUCGUGCUCUUUUUGAUCCAGAGCGCGGACCGCCUUAUCCUGGGCCUCGGCUGCCUCUGGAUUAAGCUGAGGGGCAUCAAGCCUGUGCCCACGGCCGGCGGCAAAGGUUCGGACGACGUCGAGGCCGGCGCCGGGGAGUUCCCCAUGGUGCUCGUGCAGAUUCCAAUGUGCAACGAGAAGGAGGUGUACCAGCAAUCUAUUGGUGCUGUUUGCAGUCUGGACUGGCCAAGGUCAAACUUCUUGGUGCAGGUGCUAGACGAUUCUGAUGAUGCUGCCACUUCAGCUCUUAUUAAGGAGGAGGUGGAGAAGUGGCAACGUGAAGGCGUUCGCAUAUUGUACCGACACCGGGUAAUCCGUGAUGGCUACAAGGCUGGAAAUCUCAAGUCAGCCAUGAACUGCAGCUAUGUAAAAGAUUAUGAGUUUGUUGUUAUCUUUGAUGCUGAUUUUCAACCCCAACCAGACUUCCUGAAGCGAACCGUGCCCCAUUUCAAGGGAAACGAGGAUGUUGGAUUAGUUCAGGCAAGGUGGUCUUUUGUGAACAAGGACGAAAACUUGUUAACUAGACUUCAAAACAUAAACCUGUGCUUCCACUUUGAGGUGGAGCAGCAGGUUAAUGGGAUCUUCCUCAAUUUCUUUGGGUUCAACGGAACCGCAGGUGUGUGGAGAAUUAAGGCACUUGAGGAUUCCGGUGGAUGGAUGGAGAGGACAACAGUAGAGGACAUGGAUAUUGCUGUCCGAGCACACCUCAAAGGCUGGAAGUUUCUGUUCCUUAACGAUGUUGAGUGCCAGUGUGAAUUGCCGGAGUCAUAUGAAGCAUAUAGAAAGCAGCAACAUCGAUGGCAUUCUGGUCCCAUGCAGUUGUUCAGACUCUGCUUUGUGGAUAUUAUUAAAUCAAAGAUUGGUUUUUGGAAGAAAUUCAACCUAAUAUUUCUUUUCUUUCUCCUUCGCAAACUUAUUUUACCCUUCUAUUCCUUCACUCUUUUCUGCAUCAUCCUUCCCAUGACAAUGUUUAUUCCUGAAGCUGAGCUUCCUGCUUGGGUUGUGUGCUACAUUCCAGCAACCAUGUCCUUGUUGAACAUCCUCCCAGCCCCCAAAUCCUUUCCAUUUAUUGUUCCCUAUCUUCUAUUUGAGAAUACCAUGUCAGUAACCAAAUUCAACGCCAUGAUUUCUGGCUUGUUCCAACUCGGGAGCGCCUACGAGUGGGUUGUCACCAAGAAAUCAGGCCGUUCUUCUGAGGGCGAUCUUGUUGCCCUUGUCGAGAAGCAAUCUAAGCAACAAAGAGUGGGAUCUGCACCCAACCUUGAUUUCCUAACAAAGGAGUCAGCACAUAUAAAAAAGGACUCCACGAAGAAGAAACACAAUAGGAUAUACAGGAAGGAGCUAGCACUCUCCUUCCUUCUCUUAACAGCUGCAGCUCGGAGCCUGCUUUCGGUCCAAGGCAUACAUUUCUACUUCCUUCUGUUCCAAGGGGUCUCAUUCUUGGUUGUUGGUCUGGAUCUAAUCGGCGAGCAAAUCGAGUGAUAGAAGACGAGUGAUGGAAUUUAUUUUUGUGGGUGUGGGCCAUGCCAGCAAAAGAGUGCUUCGGGUGAAGAGCAGCAUGGUACAUUACUGGAUGCAUAUACGACUACACGAGAAGACCUGAUUUCGAUUACGAGGGGUUAUAGUUCGUCAGGGAUACUGAAAUGGUGGAACCUGGAAUUAUAGAAUGUAGAUAUAUGGCUCGGGGCUCUGGACUGUGAAAGGCUUGGGGUUCUAAUUCUUUUGUAAGAAUCUUCAGUGGUUAGGUGGGUUAUUCUUGGUUGACAGUUUACCUUCAAAGGGAGAUACUGUUGGGAUCCAUGUAAUUUGGGAAAUUGCUACGAGUGCAUACUGAAUUACUGAUACUGUGAUACUUAGUUCGUCUCUUGUA